AUGCAUUUUGCAACUCUGGUCAUUGGCCUUUUGGCCACGGUGGUGUCGACCGUUUCGGCAACCGCUCUCACCUACAAGCUCGAAGCCAACGAGAAGGCCUGCUUCCACACCUACGUUGACCAGUUGAACUCGAAGGUUGCCUUUUACUUUGCGGUGCAAUCCGGAGGUUCUUUCGAUGUUGACUACUCGGUCACCGGUCCGGGUGGUAAGGUGAUCAUGUCGGAUACCAAGGAGCGACAAGGCGACUUUGUGUUCACGGCUCAGAGCAUUGGCGAGUACCAAUUCUGCUUCAACAAUGAGAUGUCCACCUUUGCGGAGAAAUAUGUGGACUUUGAGAUUGCGGUUGAACACGAGGAACGCGCUCAGCUGCCUUCCAAACAAGGAGCCAGCCCCGAGCAGGCAUCGGCGCUUGAGGAGUCCAUCUUCAAGCUGUCUGCCCAGCUGUCGACGAUUUCGCGGAACCAAAAGUACUUCCGGACGCGCGAGAACCGCAACUUCAGCACUGUCCGGAGCACGGAGCGUCGAAUCUUCAACUUUAGCGUGAUUGAGGGACUGAUGAUGGUGUCGAUGGCCGGAUUGCAGGUGUUUGUUGUCCGGUUCUUCUUCCAGGGCGCCAGAAAAGGUUACGUGUGA